CGCCGCGGCAGUCGCGGCCGAGCCACCGCGGGGGGAGCGCGCGUCGCCACCUCACACACACAUGCCGCGCCGCGGCACGCGCGCCGCCGUCAGCUGACCGUGCUCGCGACGCCCGCGAUACACUCGUUCAUGACUACGAUUGAACAGUGACGAAAAUGUUAUGGACGCAGUGUUUAAAAUGAUGAUCGGCGUGAUAUUCUUUUGUUUAGUGAUGGGCGCGGUGCUUACGGAAGCGCCGGACGGUGAUGCGUGUUUCCGAGUGGGAAGCGACUCGGUGCAGUGCAACGUCCGCGCGCUGUCCGCGGACGGGGACGCGGCGGCCGCGCUGCACGGCGACGCGGCGCGCCUCCGCCUCGCCUGCCGACCGCUGCCCGCCGAGAGCACGCUGCGGGAUCACCACUUCGGCCGCAUGCACGGCCUCGCCGAGAUCUCCAUCACCGACUGCAGGAUCCUCCGCCUGCCCGGUAACGUGUUCGAGGGCUUGCGAGGGUUGAAGUCUUUGACUAUACGCUCCAUGAACGCCGAGUGGGGCAACGAUAAAGAACUGGAACUGUCUCUCGGGGCCUUCAACGGUCUCAGGGAGCUGCACACGCUCGAUCUGGCCUACAACAACAUCAGAAAGAUCCCGUCGGACCUGUUUUGCGCGCUGGAAAAUAUAAUUUCGCUCAAUUUGACGCGAAACAAGAUCAAAUUUGUCGACGAACUGGGCUUCGGCCACAAAUGUGGGUCGACACUGCAGACGAUAGACCUCAGCCACAACGACAUCAUGUCCCUGCCGGCCGACUCGGAGAUCUUGCACCUGCGGCGCUUGACGCAGCUCUACCUGCAGAAUAAUAAAAUAAACGAGUUGCCGUCGGAAGUGUUCAGUGACCUGUUAUCUUUGAAAGUGGUAAAUCUUUCAGACAACGCUAUAAAGUAUUUGCCCGAGGAAUUAUUCUACAACACGAGGGAGGUCCGUGAAAUUUAUAUGCAGAAUAAUGAGCUGGAAACCGUACCCAAACGGAUAUUUAAUCGGUUGGAACAAUUGCUCGUUUUAGAUCUUUCGGCAAAUAAAUUGACGAGCGACCACAUAGAAGAUGAAACGUUCGGUGGUCUAAUAAGAUUAAUCGUGCUCGACCUGUCGCAGAACUCGGUCACGCAGAUCACACGCAACAUGUUCAAAGAUCUGUUCUUUUUGCAGAUACUUAAUUUAAACAACAACUCUAUAGGGUCCAUUGAAGAUAACGCUUUUUCCCCUCUUUUUAACUUACACACUUUAAACUUGGGACAGAACAAACUACAUACUAUCGAGCACCAUGUAUUCAACGGUUUAUUCAUUUUGAAUAAACUUAAUUUAAACAACAAUUUACUGUCUUACAUCGGUGAAGACGCUUUCAGAAAUUGCUCCGACUUGAAGGAGUUAGAUUUAAGUUCCAAUAAGUUGACGAAAGUGCCCGAAGCAGUUUUGCAAUUACCGUUCUUGAAAUCAUUAGAUUUAGGGGAGAAUUUAUUAACUGAAAUUACGAACAGCUCAUUUCAAAAUUUAACGCAGUUGACGGGUCUCCGCUUGAUAGACAAUCAGAUCGGAAAUCUCACAGCGGGAAUGUUCUGGGGGUUGCCCAAUUUACAAGUUCUCAAUAUGGCCAAAAAUAAAAUACAGUCAAUUGAGACGGAAACCUUUCAAAAGAACGUGCAAUUGGAAGCCGUUCGAUUGGACAGCAACUUCAUUUCUGAUAUAAAUGGUGUUUUCGUCUCGUUGACAAAGUUGUUAUGGUUGAACCUAUCCGAAAACCAUUUGGUUUGGUUUGAUUACGCAUUCAUACCGGCAAGCUUGAAAUGGUUAGACAUUCACGCUAACUUUAUUGAAAUACUCGGGAACUACUAUAAAAUACAAAAGGAGCUUCACGUCAAAACUUUGGACGCGAGUCAUAACCGUUUGGUGUCGCUAUCUGCUCUGUCGAUACCAAACAGCGUGGAGCUGCUGUUUAUAAACAAUAACUUUAUCUCGAGCAUAGAAACAGACACGUUUUUCGAGAAGAGUAACUUGACCCGCGUCGAUAUGUAUGCCAAUGAGAUUGAAAGCUUAGACAUAAAUAGUCUGCGUGUUUCGAGAGUGCCUGACGAGCGAGCAUUGCCAGAAUUCUACAUAAGCGGUAAUCCCUUCCGCUGUGAUUGCACAAUGAAAUGGCUCUUACUCAUUAAUUCCGUAACCUCUCGGCAAUAUCCGCGUGUCAUGGAUUUAGAAAAUGUUAUUUGCAAGGAGUCUUAUGUCCGUGGCGUUAAAUAUCUUCCAGUCAGCUCUCUACAUAUCAAAGAUUUUCUAUGUAAAUAUGAUUAUCACUGCCCAGACGAUUGCGAUUGUUGCGAUUUCCAUAUAUGUGAUUGCAAAACUGUGUGCCCUAGAAAUUGUUCUUGUUAUCAUGACUCGACAAGAAGUACCAACGUUGUCGAUUGUUCUGUAAAACAGUUAAGACAUAUACCGCAAAACUUGCCUAUUGAUGCUACGCAUAUAUAUUUAGAUGGCAAUGUCUAUAAUGAACUCAAUGAAUCUGUUUUCGAUCCAGUGCGCAAAGCUCUUGUCUUGUAUUUGAAUUCUAGCAAUAUUGUGACUAUAAAUAACAACACUUUUAGUAGACUCAGUGAUCUCAGAAUACUUCAUUUAGAUAAUAACAAAUUAAGGCAAUUACGAGGACUUGAGUUUUCCAAGUUGAGCAAUUUGAAAGAAUUGUAUCUUCAAAGUAACGAAAUUGAGUAUAUAUUUAACGAAACUUUUUCUGUUUUGGGAGCUCUAGAAGUUUUACGCCUGGAUGGAAACAGGCUCAUGAACUACGGACUGUGGCAUUUGGACAAUAAUAAAAGACUACAAACAUUGUUUAUCGGCAAUAAUCGAUGGUCCUGCGAUUGUAAAUACUUACAAGGUUUUCUCACUUAUGUAUCACAGAACGCUGAGAAGGUUAUCGAUGUCAAUAACUUGUGGUGUCUGAAUGAGAACGUGAGCCCAGCGAAAAAGCCAUUGAAUUUAAAUGUGACAGUUUGCAGUGAAAUAAGCGACAGCUCGAUGAUAAGCGCGUUCUUCGUCUCCCACAACCUGCCAUUACUGGCCUCCGCAUUGACUGGGUUCAUGCUUAUUUUAUUAAUAUUAGCGUUAGUAUUCACAUUUAGAUACGCUUGUAGAAUGUGGUUGUAUUCGAAUUGCGGCAUUAAGCUCUCUCCUCUAACGGGUUUCGAGGACGCAGAUAAGCUUUAUGACGCUUAUGUUUGUUAUAGUCCUAAGGACGAGGAGUUUGUCGUAGAAUCACUCGCUCGGGAACUUGAGAAUGGUUAUCCUUCGUAUCAUCUGUGUUUGCAUUAUAGAGAUGUGCCUCAGUUCGAGGCUACAUACGCGCAGUUCCCCGACCUGGUGGUCGAGGCCACGGAGGCGUCGAGGCGUAUAGUAGUAGUUCUCACAAAGAACUUUAUAUCGACCGAGUGGUCGCAGAUGGAGUUUCGUCAAGCGCUGCAGCGCGCGCUUCGAAAGAAUCCACAUAAAUUAAUAUUAGUCACCGUAGGGCUCGUUCCACGAGAUCCGGAAUUGAAGUCGUAUUUCAAAACGGGUUUGGAGAUAACGUGGAAAGAGAAACGUUUUUGGGAAAGGUUACGGUAUGCGAUGCCUUCGUCAAAGAGGCACGGGCAUAAGUUGAAGAGGCUUAAUUAUGGCAGGAAUUCGAAUACGUACACAGUAGACGCGUCAGUAUUAAAUAGUACCUGCCAGACUCUGUGCGGCAAGUCUGCUAACUCUGCUGAGAGGUCGCCCUGCGACCGCCCUCUAUCUGAACAUAUCUAUUCCACCAUAGACUCGGACUACUCAUCCAAUGACUACCACGGUCGCCACCAGCCACAGUCCGUGGUCAUGCAGCACACAGUCCAAACAUACCUCGUAUAAAAGAUAUUCUAAGAAUGUCUGUUAAAGGAUCUCUUGUUGCUGACCUGUUAAGCCUUAGAUAGCCCUAGGCGCUGUACAUUGUUUUGUUGUAGACGAAUUGAAUCGUCCGAUGUUGUAUAUAAUAUACCUAAUAUAAACCUGUAAUCUAUUUCUUAUAGCAAUGUAACUUUUGUACAAUAAUGAUACCAAAUUUUCGCAUUUCUACAGAAUUGCUUCGUCGUAUUUAUUACUUUUUUAAAUAAACUCUUUUAAGUAUUAAUUGGAAAGACUGUAAAUUAUUGUGUAGUUGUAAGUAAAGUUCGAUUGGCUGGUGUUUGUAUAGCGAAGUACCUAAUUAAAGAAUUUUACGAAUGACAAA